AUGAUAUCUAUAGAUACAUCUCAAAAACUGCCAGGCCUCAGAUACAUAAUAAAAAUAAGAGUUAGUAACAAUGACAGAAGAUCUCAAAAAGUAUUAUCAUCAGCAGAGUAAUAUCUUAAUCUCUUUUUCGAUCCAAGCAGAGAAAUCGAUGCUCCACCUUAUUUUGUACAGUUUAUUCCAAAAGUUAUUACAGCUCCUGGAGAAGUAACAUCUUUCAGUCUUUCAUCUAUAAGAGAUAACUUAUUUGACGACUACAUACUAAUAGUAGACUUUGGUGUAUCUGCUCUGUUUGCUAGUCUCAAAGAUGGUGAAAUUAAAAUAGCACCUUAGGAAGAGAAUAGUGGUCAAACUUAUAGGGUUAAAUUUACUCUAAAGUAGCAUUUGAAGAAGCCGUAUAUUUAGAAUAUAUACUUUCUAGAAAUUGCAGUUAAAGGUGCUUUACGAGAGAAUAAUUUAACUGAAAAUUAAACUGGAAAAUUAAUUUCAACUACCAAUUUUGCCAAAAUUGUAAACAUUAAUGCCACAGGUUUUGUAACAAUAAAAUUUAGUUAUCCGUUAAACAAGCCCAAAGAUUUAUCUGCAAUUAACAAUAAUAGAAUAAGAAUAGAAUUGCACUAUGAGGUUCAGGGAAUUAAUGAACUUAUUGAUUACAGUCUGCUUGAUGUUAGCAGAGAUAAAAUGCUCAUUAGACUAUAUUUCAAGAAUAUAUCAGACAUUUCAAAAUUUUAGGAGUUCCUAGCCAAAUAUCUGAGGGUAAAUAUAUCAAUUCAAUAAAAAUAUUAAGAUCUUGCUAUGUUACUUUCUCAAUAUGGUUAUGGCUUCAAGAUAACUUCAAAUACUAUUUUUGGAGCAAAUCUCAUUGCAACUCUUUUAAUCUCUCAUACUUUACAACAUCUUUGGAGCGCAAUAAACUCUUUUUAAAUUCUAUCUCAUUUGCCGAUGAUUGGGAUUAAUGCUCCAGCAAACGUUUAAAUAUUUUUCUCGUAUGUCCUGAAUCUAGCCACCUUCAAUAUAUUUCCAACAGAUGAGUAUUACAAGCAAUUUCUAUAAAUUACAGAGGAGAAUGAUUACCCAAUUAAUGAUUAUUUUUCUUGUUAUGGAUAUCAGUCAAUGAACAUAAUAAUAAACCUUGGAACAAUAUCCAUCUUCAUUGCAAUCAAUGUUUCUUUAAUAAUUGCUGUGCUUCUCUUAAAGAUGGUUUAAAAAGUGAAUGCCAAAGCUAUCAUUAUGUGCUCUGAUUAAUUUUCAAUUAGUAAUUUCAAUCAAAGUUUAAACAAACUUUAGGACUAAAAAUUCUCGACAUCAUUUGGAUAAAGAAUUGAAAACCCAGAGAACAUUAAAAAAUAUGGUUCUCUUUAUGAAUUGUACAGACCUUAAAGGCUUUCAAGUACACUUUUCGUGUUUAAUUUCAUAUUGAGGCGUUUCUUAUUCACUGUAGUAUUAGUGAUGCUAAGAUAAUAUCCUUCUUUUCAGAUCUUUAUUCUUAUGUUAAGUUCGCUUUUUACUAUUUGUUAUUUGCUGAACUAUAUGCCAUUUAAAACUAAACUAGAUAAUUUUAUUGAGAUUAUGAAUGAAAUAUCUAUUUUAUUGAGCUUCUAUGUGCUCAUGUGUUACACCGACUUGUUGAAUGGUUCUUCUUAAACUAAGUUAAAUUUAGGUUGGAUUCUGAGUUGUAAAUCUUUGAAUGAUUCAGGCAUAUUUAUAAACUCAGAUUUUGACAAUUCACUUAGAUCUUCAAAUAAUUACUUCUCAAACUAUAAGGGACUAAAUUCUUUAAAAAGUAGAUACGAUCUUGAGCAUGAGGUAACAGCUUAUAGUAAUGAGAAUUUCAAUUAAGAUAUAAAACCAAACGAGAUCCCAGGAAAUUCUAAGCUGAGUAAAUUAAGAUUUGAGAUUAUUGAGACUUAUAAUGAAGAUGUUGAUAUUAGAAAUCAUUCAAAAGAAGUGAAAAUUAAGAAUAUCAAACUUAAAUAAAGACUUGCUUAUAACUUUUGA